AUGGCGUCAGGAUGUUUACUUCCUGCGGUCACGCUCGGAUUUGAUAGCUCCAUGAUGAACGGCCUGCAGGCUGUUCCUGCUUGGGAUACAUAUUUCAAUAGCCCUCGUGGUAGCAUUCUUGGUAUCACGACUGCCAUCCUCGGUCUCGGUGCGAUUACUACUACGCCACUCCUUAGUCCGAUUGGGGAUCGCUUUGGUCGUCGAUGGGCGAUCUUUCUGGGAACUAUUAUCAUGAUCAUCGGGGGGGUUCUUCAAGGAGCAUCAGUUCACAUCGGCAUGUUUAUCGCCUCCCGAUUCAUCAUAGGCCUCGGUCUCGUAUUUGCCAACACAUUUGCGCCGGUCCUCAUCGGCGAAUUAGCCCAUCCGAAACAUCGACACGUCGCUACAUCUUUGUACCAAACAUCGUAUUACCUUGGGGCUAUCCUCGCCGCAUGGACAACAUUUGGAACUUUCAGAAUUGACAGUAACUGGUCAUGGCGCAUCCCUUCAUACCUUCAGGCUGCCCCUGCCCUGGUGCAGGCCUGCUGUAUCUGGUUCGUCCCAGAAUCCCCUCGAUUCCUGAUUGCCAAGUCUCGCCCCGAGGAGGCCAGAGCUAUAUUGGUCAAAUAUCACGCCGAGGGAGAUGAAGAUUCCGAGUUUGUGAAGGCUGAGUUCCGGCAGAUGCGUGCUGUCAUCGAGUCAGAGGUCGCCAACAAAACUACCUGGAAGACCAUGAUCGCAACCCCCGGCAACCGUCGACGUGUCAUGGUCCUCGUUAUGCUGGGCAUCUUUUCCCAGUGGUCAGGGAAUGGCUUAGUCUCAUACUAUAUCGCCCGAAUCCUGGAGACGGUCGGUAUCACCGAUGCAAGUGACAAGAACAUCAUUAACGGGUGUCUCAACAUCUGGAACUGGAUUACGGCUGUUGCGUCCGCCAUUAUUUCUGGCCGUCUAAAGAGACGUACCCACUUCAUUGUGUCGACAGUUGGUAUGUUCGUGGUGUUCAGCAUCCAAACACUUUGUGCGGGUCUAUUUAACGAGCGUGGAAACAAGACCGCUGGCCAUGUUGUGAUUGCCAUGCUGUUCCUAUUCUACCCCUUCUUCAACUUUGCAUUCAACGCUCUGCUAUAUUCAUACCCUGUCGAGAUUCUGCCCUACCCCAUCCGAGCCAAAGGGUUCUCGGUUCUCAUGAUCUUCAAUAAGGGAGGCGUUUUUCUGAAUGUAUUUGUCAACCCAAUUGGUCUGCAGAACUUGGGCUGGAAAUACUACGGCGUUUACGUCGGAUGGCUGCUUGUGGAAAUCUUUUGCGUCUGGAAGUUUUUCCCCGAGACGUCUGGACACAGCCUGGAGGCUAUCGCCGCCGCUAUCGACGGAAAGACUGCGGUGGAUAAUGAAAAGGCAAUUAAUCAGAAGAUCCCCGAAGAGAUAAAGGAUCGCAAGGAGUAA